CGGAAAUUAUAUACCAAUGCUGCUGUGGGCCCUGGCUACUAGGUAUGGCAGCGGCCGCCAAAGGGGACGUGGAGGGCCUCGAGCCCCUGUUUAUUUGGUGGAUAACCUGUCUGGCGUGGUGGUGGCGGUGGAGUGGCCGCAAAGGUUGUUGGUUGUUCUGCGCGAUCAGGGACUCGACGCCUCUCAACGAGCGGCUUCCACCACCUCCUCCCUUUCAGCAGCGUUGCGCAGGCGCCGGUCUGCUUUCCAAGGUAUCUUGUUUUCUCUCUGUACAUAUGUCCUGUCCUGUCGUGACUGAAUUCUGUCCUUGCCAGCCCUGUAUUCGACUUCAGCAAGCCUUGCACGACACAAAAAUCUAUUUCGUCGUGAUUUUGGUACCGUCCAACUCUAAUUUUCUGCCCGCCGAAAGCCACCGACCACUUAGCCUACCUCCGGUCUAUUACUCCUGCUACUAGUACACAAUUAUACUGCAAGAGCUUGUUAUCGCCCGUUCUCAAACAAUCCCAUCUCUUUCUUUCUCGUGCUUUGUGUGUACGUGCAUGAGACGUACCUGCGCGCUCUGCCAACAUUCAACGAUGUGCUGGGGCUUCGUUCAGCCUCCGCCCUCGUGACAAUGGGUUGGCAAAGGCGUGCCUCAACAGGCAUUGGCGCCGAUAACUCGAUGGGACGAAUUCGAAGUCGAGGACAGUCAGAUAUCGAAAAGGAAGCCUUUGUGCGGACACGACUCAGCGAAGAUGACCACAGUUACGAAACAUACAACGACGAAGAUCCGUCCGUAGCAUCCUCACGAAAUACUUCUUCAUCCUACAAACCGAUGUUGAUUAACAACGCUUACACCUCCAAGCGAUCCUCCUCGCCGUCAUAUCUCGGAAGAAUGCCGCGGUCAAUAAUGCGCUGGCUGUGUUUGGGCGUCGCCGCCACCCUCCUCAUAUUCGUCUUUUCGCUUGUCCAAUUAAGCUGGAACGCGGACAAGGAGGUCAAAGUUGCCAUUGAGCAACAAAAGAUUACACCCAAGCCACCGCCAUGGGAGAGCUUUCCGUUCCUCAAGAGAUACUAUGGCGGCAUCCGGGCAUUAGUCCCUGCGGCUUCGAAUAUCCCCGAAUACCCGGCGAACGAUGACGAAUUACCCAACGACAGCUUUAAUAUUGCCGACGAGGUGAAGGAUGAAGAAGAAGCAAAGAGGGAAGAAGAAAGACAAGAAAAUCAAGAGAAUACGAAGGCCAAACGGGCUGUGCCCGCCAGCAUAAAAUUCAAUCCGUACCCCAAUUACACCUCUCCGGAGUACGUCGCAAAGUAUGGACAAAAGGUGGAUUGCUUCUUGGAUACGAAGAACACCAUUUCCAUCCCCUCCGUGAGAGUCUACGAAGGUAUUCCGAGAGGGUUUCCUGAUGCCGUCAUGGGCUCCGCCGAAUUGCUUGGUCUAAGGAGCGACAUUUGUUAUGAUCGAUUUGGUCGACUCGGCCCGUAUGGACUGGGCUACAGCAUCAAUCGUGGCGGCAGUGGUGCGAAGCAAGAAGGUGAAAGAGAAGGGGCCGAUUUGGUUUGGGAAGAGGUCCCCGAGGUGGAUUGGCGGAAGGUUCAAUGGGCAGAUGCUCAACAGAGAUGUGUGGCAGCAAAUCAACAUCGUUUCAAAGAGCUUCCAGAAUCUCGCCCUGAGAGGCUCCGCUCAAUGCAAAUCGGCGCCAAGGCCAAAAGGGAUGAACAUUUGGAAUUUGCAAAAUCUUCAGGAUCGACAGAACCUUCAGAGUUCGAAGAACCUUCGGAACUCGCAGCACCUUCGGAAUUCGCAUCUGUGGCAGAGGAGAAGGCUGCAUCACCGAAAAAUGGGACAGAGAAGCUACCGCGGACGGCCGUCGUGAUCCGCACAUGGUCGGAUUAUCCAUAUACAAUCGAAGACGUCAUGUACAUCAGAUCAAUCAUUUCCGAGUUGACCAUGUUGACGGGCGGAGAGUACGUGGUCCAUUUCCUAAUCCAGGUCAAGAGCGACGACAUCCCGAUCUGGGCGGACGACGAGACCUAUGAUAGAGUCCUGCGCGAUUCCCUGCCGGAAGAAUUUCAUGGUAUGGGGACACUAUGGUCAGAACGGCAAAUGCUCCUCAUGUAUGGAGGACUCGAAGAGACGUGGAUGCGUGACCUGCCGGUGCACGGCGUGUAUCGCAGCACGUUCAUGCCAAUGCAGUACUUUGCGCACCGACACCCGGAAUACGACUUCUUCUGGAACUGGGAGAUGGACAUCCGAAGCACACACCACUGGUACCAUUUGUUCGACAGCGUGUCGAGAUGGGCCAAGGCGCAACCGCGCAAGCUGCUCUGGGAGCGCAACGGCCGGUUUUAUGUGCCUUCCGAACACGGCUCGUGGGAAGAUUUCAGUCAAAUGGUGCGCAUUCAAACGGAGCACGGGACCAAUAGCGCCAACAAUUUAUGGAGCAGUUUAAAUCGGGCGGCAGCAGAGCAUGAAGGAUCGCAGCAAGGCCAAGGCCAGGACAGUGGUGGUGGUGGUGGUGGUGGUAGCGGUAGCGGGAGCGGCCGCGGAUCUCCUGUGGCAGUAGGAGGAGGAAUGAAACAACAAGGCGACAAACCAAUCUGGGGCCCCGAACGGCCACUCGACGACCCCAACGUGGCCUUCGAAGACGACCCGAAACCCCCGACCUCGUUCGACAAGGACAAAUACGUCUGGGGCGUAGGCGAAGAAGCCGACCUGAUAGUAUUCAACCCACUUUUCGACCCCGAAGGCACAACCUGGCUUCUUCGAGAUGACACGACAGGCUACAACAUCACGCGAGGCCGCCCUCCACGCCGCACGGCCAUCAUCACAGCCAGUCGCCUCAGCAAGAGAUUAUUGUCAGUUAUGCACCGCGAAACCGCGUUCAACAAACACACCAUGUUCAGCGAAAUGUGGCCUGCCAGCUGUGCCCUUCACCAUGGCCUGAAAGCAGUCUAUGCCCCGCACCCGGAAUACAUUGAUCGCAAAUGGCCGACGAAUUACCUGCAGGCCGUGUUUAAUGGGGGGCGCAAUGGCGCCACUGGUGGUGCGAGAACUAGUGUCUUUGGGGACCGUGAACAUAAUUUCCGCGGUACGACUUGGUAUUAUAAUGCGGGGUUCCCGGAGGUGUUGUGGCAUCGUUGGCUCGGGAUGAAGAUCCAUAAUGAUGGUGGGGAACAGGAUGAAUUGGCGGGAGAGGGCAGAAUGUGCUUGCCGGGAAUGUUGUUGCAUCCGGUUAAGAAGGUUGAUUUGGUCCAGGAGGGGAGGAGGGAUGAUUAAUAAAUAUUACUCGGAGUGUCGUUGCAAUAGCGAGAUGCGAUUUGGCAGCGAAAAGGGGGGAUAAGGAUCCGGAUCCUGAUACCAGUCGUGUAUGUGCCAAGUAAGCGGUUGUGUGGUGGCUGUGUGGUCAUUUUGCGCCGUUGCGCCUAUCAUACCUACCUAGGCAGGGACUAAAGGGACAGACUCGGCGCUGUAUGUACAAUGUCCUGUAUGGCAGUGCCAUAUUUAAUCUUGGCCGUUUUUUUCAUCUUAGGCGCUCAAGUUGACGACUUCAGAUCCAAGGCCGGCGCAUGCAUGUCAUGUACCUGGGUGGGUAGUUUCACUAUAUAUAAUUUACAAAGAAAGAAAAAAGCACUGUCGCAAUCUCUUAA